AUGGCAUCUAGUCAGGAAAACCGGACUGGCUCACCUCGAGCUGAGGACGAUACCGAUCUCGAAUAUCAUGAGCGAAGUGUCUGGCGAGCGAUAUGGGAGGACAAUAAGGGCGCCCUCCUCAUUUUACUAGCCGAAGUCUUUGGAUCAUCCAUGGACGCCACCGUACGGUACCUACAGCAACAACAAGGCGGACCGGGUUUUCACCUUCUCCAGAUCGUCGUCUUCCGCAUGGGCAUAACAUGCAUACUGAGCUCAACGUAUAUGUGGUGGACUCGAGUCCCUCAUUUUCCACUAGGAGAUCCUGAGGUGAGAGGCUGGCUUGUCCUCCGGGCCCUCUUUGGAUUUGUGGGUCUAUUCACACUCUAUUAUUCCCUUCACUAUCUCCCCCUCGCUGAGGCCACUGUCCUGCGCUUCCUCAUCCCUCUCGUCACCGCCUGGGCCUGCCACAUCUUCCUCGGCCAGUCCUUCACCAGCAAUCAGCUCACCGCCGGCCUCAUCGCCCUGGUCGGCGUGGUGAUCAUCGCACACCCAGAAGCCCUGUUCGGCAAGGUCGACGACAUCGUCGAGAACACCACCGCCACCGCCUCCGGUGACCUCGACACCGUCACCUCCUCCCAGCGCCUCCUCGCCAUCGGCGUGUCCCUCAUCGGCAUCUUCGGAGGCUCAGGUGCCUACACCGUGAUCCGCGUCAUCGGCAACCGCGCACACGCCCUCGUAUCAGUCAACUACUUCGCCUUCAUCUCCACCGUAGGCUCUGCCGCCGCCCUCCUCGCCCUGCCCGGCGUCGGCUUCAUCAUGCCGCGCUCUGCCAAGGAGUGGCUCCUGCUCGGCGCCAUGGGCCUGCUGGGCUUCGCGCUGCAGUUCCUCCUGACGACGGGCUUGCAGCUGGACAGGAGCCCCAAGGCGACGUCGAUGCUGUACACACAGAUCCUCUUUGCUCUCGUCUUCGACUGGGCCAUCUGGGGUGUGCUGCCGAGCGGCUGGAGCUGGGUCGGCGGGGCGAUCGUCGUGGCUAGCACGCUGUGGUCUGCGCUGCAGAAGACGCCACCUGUGUCGCCCAGAGAGGCGGCGAGGAAGGCGGUGGUGGACGAGGAGACGGCGUUGCUUGGGGCACAUAGGCCCGGGACGGAUGGGGAGGACAGCAGUCCUACGACCACGUAGUAGUAAGUAUCGGACAACUGCAAAGUUGUGCCAAGGAUUUUGAGAUAAUUUCCAGUAUCUCAGAAAGUCGACUACCGCCGCCAGAAAGGGGGAGCAAUUUCCCAGUCCUCAGGGUUUCCUCCUGUGACACAAUGGCAUUUACACUCCAAUAUUUCAACCACAACAAACGUGCAAGUCUGCCCAACCUGGCUUUCCUCCUACACUUGCAGCUUCUGAUUCUUUCAUCCUACCCUCGACCAUCCGCUUACCGCCACUUUGACGGUCCUCCCAAACGCCUCAUGCCAUGUGUUUUGCUACGGGCCUUGAAGCCAAAGCAUUAAAGUAUGUCGCGCCGGAAGUCACAAGUCUCGGGCGUCGGGGUGACGGUACUACCAGAACAACGUUCGGAUUUCGUGCUGCGGAGACCUUCGUUCCCGCUGAUUUCCUGCGACACGAUAUGCGUCCUCGCCAGUAUGGCGGGUGUCUUGGUUGGUUCACUGGUUUUUACAUGCAGCCAAGUUGACAUCGCCCUGGCCGAGGCUAGCGGGGAGACUGAAUUUACUGAAUAUAACGGACUUAUGGUCAACCGGGCAGUAUAGCGUUAGGCAUACAGACUGUCUUCAGUGGAGCAAUGUUUGUUGAGUUUCUGCCUCUGUAUAGUGGCUAUUGGGUAACAUGUGAGGAUUUUUAUAAGGGACUGAAACCUCAUGGCUACCAUGUGUAGGGACCAAUCGGCGAAUGAGGAAGGCAUCUGACAAUACAAUACGGCCUCAUGUAGUUGACGCACGGGUUGAAUCGAGCA